CCGACGGCGACUUAAAAGUUAACACUUAGCUCGCAGCCUUUUAGGAACUUCGUCCUUCAGGUGAUCAGUGCUAGCAAUGAGUAGAGGUGCCAGCACGCCCACCUCGCGGUUUCACUCUUUGUCAACAACUACUUCCGUCUCAUCCUUGCCAGGCAUGGCUCGUGGAGAGGAACGGACACCCCUCGUGAAUCAAGGCGAUGUUGAAGCAGGUCGUUCGACUCACGCGCAGUACGGUUCUUCUACUUCUGAUAUCGAGACGCCAAAGGAUACCAGCAAGCGCAACUCGAAGUUUAUGAAAAGAGUUCGAUACUAUGUUCCGUCCACUGCGUGGAUACCCGACUAUUCGGCUUCUCUCUUGGGUGGUGAUCUUCUGGCUGGAGUCACUCUUGCGGCUAUGCUCAUUCCCCAGUCUGUCAGUUAUGGAACCGCACUUGCGAAGCUAAGUCCCACCACUGGUUUGUUCGCUGCUUCCAUACCGCCAAUCAUGUAUAGUCUUCUCGGAACGUCAAGACAACUCAAUGUUGCUCCGGAGGCUGCGCUUUCGCUCCUCGUUGGACAAGCUGUUUCUGAUUAUCGUCGUGCGGAUCAUCAUGCUCGUCCGGAAGAUGCCGAUGCCAUCGGUAUUGCAGUUUCCACUGCCAUCACAUUCCAGGUUGGACUGUUUGCGUCAAUCCUUGGAUUCUUUCGGCUUGGCUUCCUGGAUGUUGUCCUCAGUCGUGCGCUCCUCCGAGGUUUCGUGACUGCAGUUGCGGUUGUCAUUACGAUAGAACAAUUAGUACCCAUGUUUGGCCUCGCUGCGCUGGAGAAUACGCUCAAUCCCGAGUCAACCCUGGACAAAAUAAUUUUCCUUCUAGAAUUUGUAUGGACUGAUUAUCACAAACCGACGACGCUAGUCAGCUUCGGAGCGCUGCUCGUGCUCAUAUUCAUGAGGGCUUUCAAACGUUUUUUCAGACGUACUUGGUGGAUCGAACGGCUCCCUGAAGUCCUCAUCGUUGUCGUGCUGUCUACAAUCAUUUCUGGCCGUCUUCGUUGGGAUGAAGAUGGUAUCGAUAUCCUUGGCGUGAUACCUAUCAAUACUGGCGGUCAUUUCUUUAGUUUACCGCUGAAGGAUUCGAUACGCUACAUCAGAGGAACAACGUCGACCGCAGUUUUGAUAACCAUUAUGGGUUUCUUGGAUAGUACCGUUGCAGCGAAGCAGAACGCCGAUCGCUUUGGCUACUCCAUCAGUCCGAACCGUGAACUAGUUGCACUUGGGGCUGCUAAUCUUGCUGGAUCUUUGGUUCCUGGCACACUGCCAGCAUUCGGCUCAAUCGUGAGGUCGAAGAUCAAUGGUGAUAUCGGUGCACGCACAGCAAUUGGCCUCGAUUGUUUGUGCACUGACUUGUCUUUCAGCAUCUGCCUCUUUGUGUUAUCACUGUUCGCUGAGGUUCCCCACGACCUAAUAUACUACUGGAGGAUCGGAGCUUGGACUGACCUCGCUAUGAUGUUCCUCACUUUCGCCCUCUCUGUCAUCUGGAAUGUCGAGAUCGGAAUCGUCGUCAGUCUCAUCAUCUCCUUGUUGCUUGUUAUCAAGCGCUCCUCGCAAACGCGAAUGAUUAUACUGGGGCGCAUUCCUGGCACUGACCAAUGGGGUCCCAUUGCUGACACUCCAGGUGCUGAGGAUGUUCCUGGCAUCUUAAUUAUCCGUAUCAGGGAGAGUUUGGACUUUGCUAAUACGGCACAGUUGAAAGAACGUCUUCGUAGACUGGAGUUGUAUGGCCCGGAAAGAACUCACCCUUCGGAAGAGCCAAGGAGACAGCCUGCAAGCAAACUAGUAUUCCACAUGGCAGACGUUGAAACGUGCGAUGCCUCUGCAGUGCAGAUCUUCCACGAGUUGUUGGAAACGUAUCAAAACCGUGGUGUUGGGCUCUACAUGACUCACCUCCGUUCUGGUCCUCGAAGGAUGUUUGAGCGCGCCGGCAUCGAGGAGCUCCUAGGGCUCCGAGGCAUUCUUCGCCACCUUGGGAGAAGCCAUGGCCAGCAUCGGGCAGCGAUGAAGGGUUCGAUUUGGAUAUGAUUGUUUGGCGAUGUUUUACGACUUUUCACGACGUACCCAUUGGGCGCACAGACUGCUCGGAGCAUGUGGUUGAUCUCGCGAGUGGAUUGUACAUAUCCAUCCAAUAUGCUUGCAUAUACCAAACAUAUGGUGUUUAGGAAAGUGCCUACGUUUACUUGGCGCUUGGCUCACGUUUCUAUCAGUUGGAUUGUCUUAUCUGUGUUCCGAAAUCUCAUGACUCCUUGUGAUCGCAUCAUGCAUCCAUGUAGAUCCCCAUCAUCAUUCAAUAUUCAAGUAUCAUGAUUUGAAUCUCAAAGUAAGAAAUUUUAAUGUACGUCAGCGGCAAUAUCUCGU